GACGAGACUAAUAUUAGCACGUGAUCUGAGCUGUGAUGGACUUUUCAGGAUCGAAAAUGUCGUGUUUCGUCUUUUUAUUUUGCCUUUUUGCUUGUGUUCAGUCUGUUUUAUCAGAUUGUUCAGUUGCACAUUCAGAAAAGAAGUAUCUUUCACUCAUUGAACCGUUGAAAGGCAAAACAGUGGAGGUUAUGGAUCCUGCUCACAACUACUCUUAUAAGGUUGGUUUCUGUGAUGGGAUACACGUAGAUGGUGUUGGUGCGGAGGAUAUAGGAGUUGAGCAGUUUGAUCUUAAAGAGGAUAAAGCACCUCUCCAUGCGGUUGGGAGAAUAACUGCAACCAACAUUAUGGUUGGAACAAAUUGGAUCUUUCUUGAAUACCGAAAUGGGGAUGCAUACAAUUCACAUUGCAAUGGAGAAACAAGGAGAGCAACAAUCUUUAUAUUGUGUGAUAAAAGUGGACUUCUUGUAAAGCCAGUUUUGGUUGAAGAAAAUAACAACAGGACUAACGAAUGUGCCUAUGUAUUUGAAGUAGGAAGUUCAGUAGCCUGCUCAAAUUCAACGACAUCACCUUCAUCAUCAGGAAUUGGUGUGGGGGGAAUUAUUGUCAUUUCGACUUUAGUAAUAGCUGCAGCUUACCUAAUUCUAGGGGUUGCCUACAAGAGGUUUUUCUUAAGAGCGAAAGGAAGAGAGCAGUUUCCAAACAUUGAUUUCUGGACAAACUUUGGUAAUUUAACAGCAGAUGGAUGUGACUUUCUCUGUCGAUGUAACAAGAAGCAACCGUCUAAGAGCUACAAAGGGCUGGGUGAUGACCAGCUUGGUCUGGAUGAAGAAGAAGAAAGAGAUGACAAUAUCUUACCCAUGUAUUGAUACAGCGUCUUGGAGCCAUCAUGGUUCUAAAUCAAGCAAGGCACCAAGAGUGGAUGCAAUCAAUCAUCAGGUGAUUUUGUGUUGUGCUGUGCCUGUCCAGAUUUGAAGCAAUGCAAUAUCAGAAACUGAAUAGUCUGUUAUGAAGCCUUAUUUGGUGUUGCAAGAAACUUGUUCAAUUGCAAAUCUAUCUAUAAAUUUUUAUCUUCAGGGAAUAAUUGUUCUGGGCACCAUCUUACAAAGAGUUACGAUUGAUCCGAUCAACCACAACUACGGAAAGCCAGCAACGUCAACAUCUAAAAUGCAUCUUUGUUCAAAUUUGUUUAAUAGAUAGGCUGUAUAUUAAUGCAUUCGUUUUCUUGAAAAUUAAGUGCUUCCCUUGGUUUACAAAGACAUUGUGGAAAUUUCCUGUAUAAAAAUUAUGACAUUGAUGGAUUUCCAUACAGUUGAGGUUGAUUUAAUCAAUCAUGAUUCCUUGUAAGACGGGUCCUGCUAUCAUUGUAAUUGCUCCUCAAUUUUUAAAGACUACUACACAAGAGGUCUUUUAUGCAGCAGUUUUUUCCAUAGGACUGUACCGAACUUACUUGUAGUUGAAAGUUUUUCUCCUACAUGUAUGACCAAAAAUGCAAAUUCAAUUUGGUAAGAAAAAUUAUUCUCUAGACUUGCAGUAUUAAUGAAUUUGCAAAUGAUUACUUAUCUGCUUCUUGCCAUAAAGAGUGUAAACUGAUCUUAGAGCUAAAAUUGGUAAGAUUAAAUUCUCAAAUUGCAUCAGAAAUUUGCAAUAGAUGGCAAAUAUUCCCUUGCAACACCCAUAAAGGCCUUUAGUAAAUUGGAUCGAGCAUACUAACUUUACCAUUGGUUUCAAUCCGGAUUAACUUUCAAGAUUGUUACAUCGUUAAUGCAAGUAUAAGAAGAUAGGUCAUUUUAAUGACUUGAAAACUCGCAUUGGAUUAUGCAUAGAGAUUUGGGAAUUGCAUUGAGAUUCAUUUUAUUUUUUCUGCAGAAGUCUAUUUAUGCUUAGAACAGAAAUAUAUUUAUUUGAGCAGAUUAGAGUAUAGGCAAUUCCUCAGAAGAUUUUAGCUUGCAUUUGCUUGCAUUUUGAGAAUAAAGAUAAAUAUCAGCUGGUGUAGCAUGGUCAUUACUUUUGGCAUGAGUUGUGUGAACACUCUGGCUGUUGAUGGCACCCAUUUUGCACUUCAGCUCCAUGUUUUUCUUUCUUUUUUUUUACUACACAAAGCCCAAGCCUUGCCCAACAUUUCUCUUAUACAUGUAGGCAUUAAAUUAUCAUACAGGUUUCAUAAAGAACUAUUGUUAUCAAAUUAUUGGUUCACAGUGUUUGUGUUUAAAUGCACUUCAGUGGAAAGAUCAUUUAUUUGCCAUUUAGAAGCUCCUUUAAGGGGCCAUUCCACAGAGAGCAAGACCGCUGAAAGACCUUUCAAAGACCAUGAAUUUUGGUCGAUCUUACAGAGGUCUCUCAAUGAACCUACAACGGUCUUAGAGGAAAAUGGUCUUUCAGUGGUCUUUCGAUGAACUUUCAAAGGUCUUACUAGUCUUUCAAUGAUCUUUCGGCGGUCUCUCAAGAUUUUUGCGGAGAUCACUGUAAGACUCAUGAGAGAUCAUUGAAAGAUCAUUCAAAGAUCAUUCAAAGACCAGGCAAAGUCCAUGGAAAGAAUUCUGAAAGAUCACUUGUUGUAUAAAAGAUAUCUGAAAGACCAUUGAAAGAUCUCUAUAGGACUACUCUAAGACCAGUAAGACAAGAAAUAUCCAUCAGUCUUUCAGAGUUCUUUGAGGGGUCUUUCUGAACCAUUCCACAGAGAUGACAAAUUUCAGUGAUCUUGAAGACCGCUGUAAGACCUCAUCAAUUUUAAGUCUUUCAGUGGUCUUUCAACGGUCUCCGUUCUGUGGAAUGGGGGCCUUAGACAGGUUCAGAGUCACCUUACUAGAUCAAUCUCUGCUGGACCAAUCCACUGAAUUGGUGAGCGUGAUCACUCUAGUUGAUAGAGGAACAUGCUAGGGGCUCAAAUUGAUCCAAAGGCUUUUGCCUUAGAUGCCCUUUGGAAUGGCCUUAGUACCUACCUAGACAUGAAUGCAUGCUUGUUGCUGCUCCUUUUACAUACAAUUUAACUUGGAAAAACACUAAAACUUUGAGUUUAAUAUCCUUGCAUGAUUUAUAUCCAUAUCCUUAACUAGUCCACAACUCAGUCCAGGGUAGCAUUUCAUGAAAGGACUUGGCUUCUAAACCGAUCAAAAUGAAGAAAAGUUGUUAGAUCUGACAACUUGUUGGUUGAAAAUGUUGAUGACACGAUCCCCAGGAGAUCACAUGGCAAGGGUGUCAUUUGGAUCAGUCCUAGGGAUUCAAGUUACUGUUGUGGUACAUUGUAGCUCUAACAUCGAAUGGUAGUCGCCAUGGUAAUAAUGAUCAACGGCUAAUCAAAUUAAGGAUUUCUUGGAAGUUACCAUCGCCUUACAUACGUGUAGUAUACCAUUAUAGUAAAAUUUAGGCAACAGUGCCCCUGUUUCUCUCCAAGUGACGUAUUGUUGCUGGAGAGGUCCCCCGAUGAUUUGUCAAGAAUAUUGCCUGUGGACAGUGGUCAUACUGUAUCUUUUGUGCAUUUUGGUCAAAUUAUAGAGAUUUUGAAUGCAAAUAGCAUGUAGCCGUUGUGUAGCCUGUUACAUAUUAUCUCCAGGCUCUGCUGCCUUCUAGAAUAGUGUGAUCCAUGUACAAGGUCUAUGGGAAUCACAUAAUUCAUUAGUCUACUUCUCACAUCUACAUCAUUCUUUAGGGGCAUUUUCACUUUUAAGCUUCUUUCUAUAUCCUGCACAAUAUAGUCUUGCACAUUUUUACUGUUUCACUUUUUGCACAUGGUACUUAAUGUAGUUGCUGUCAUAAGCUUAGAAAUGACCUCUUCCAUUAUAGUAUGAAAAUGAACAUUACCCAAAUUUUCAUCCAUUGGCUUUGCAAAAUACAUGAUUUUAGCACGACAAUUAAUUGAGUCCAUUGAAUUUGUAUACAUGCAUCAUUCCUUAUGUGCUGUUUCAGAUACUGUUCUUGACUUACAAGUGCAUCAACCCUGAAGCAAUGAAGUGCUUUUGCCACAUGAGUCGUGAAAUUCUGUAUAUUUUAUUUUACAAAGCUCAGUAUCUCUCCAAAAUUGAUAUAUAGUCAUGUAAUUCAAGCAUGUUUUCAGUCAAUCCUUGAUGUGUCUUUUGCAUUUUUUAAAUUUGUUUUCUUUGAAAAGUUUGUAAAAUUAAGUAUUGAUAUGCAUAUUAUGCACCCUAUUUUACCCUCUUUGUAUCUUGUUCCUCCUGCCUUGUGCAUGUGUAUAUAUUUUGCUGAUUUUCGCAUGAUCUUUGGCAUAACACUUGAAUUAGGUUACCAGUAAACUAAAAGAAAGGAAAAAUCACAUUAAAAACGGUUUUACUUACAUUUGUUUUUAUUUAAAUCUCAAUAUCCAUGAAAUAGUUCUGCAUAAUCUGGAGAUUUUAGUUGAAAACUAUGUUGUGUAUUCAGGAGUUGUAUAACUUCAUAUCUUGUUUUUGAAACAUCUUUUUAUACUUCUUUGAACAAAUGUU